AUUGUAAGUGACUGAUGGCGGAGCUGGCUGCCUUGCUGUCAUUCUGGAAAAUUCUGUGGCCAGCGAGCUCCCUCUGUGUCUCCCACUCGGCCUCUUUUCCUUUUCACCACUGCGGGGACUUCAUCUGAUUUGCAGUUUUCCUCUUCCCCGACACACAUACGGAAGCUGCAAGCUGGUGGCUGGCAGACUGUGUCUGUCUGGAGAUAGACAGAGAGCUCACGGAUACUAAUACUCUGGGAGAAUGGUUAUGCUGCAGUUAUUUAAGGAUAUGCCUUUGUUGGUAUUGCAGCACAGGAGCUGAUUCUCCAGCCUUUUCUUUCUAACCAGACACACUCCUUGGUUUUGACUUGCUUGCAGACAAAAGGCAACUGAGGCUUUUUUUGGUGUCCUGAAAACGGAGUACAGGAACCUUCGAUUGGUACUACCCAUAUAAAUAGGAACAAUUGUAAAGGCGGAGCAACAUGGCUGACGACAGGAAGGACGAAGCUAAGGCACCACACUGGACUUCAAGUCAGAUAGCAGAGGCUUCUUCGCACUCACAUUCCCCUGAGAUGAAGGAGCAAAGCGGCACAGGCGAAGGACUAGUCAGAAGUGCCAAUGGAUUUCCAUACAGAGAGGAUGAAGAUGGUGGAUAUGGUUCACGUGGGCAACAGAGCUCAUACUCCAGAACCAAAGAGAAUGGGAUCAAUGGAGAACUAGCUACAGGAGAGAAAGAAACUGCAGAAGAAGUAUCCGCAAGGAUAGUCCAAGUAGUAACAGCUGAAGCUGUGGCAGUCCUGAAAGGUGAACAGGAACAAGAAGCCCAGCACAAAGAUCAGCCUGCACCAUUACCUUUAGCAGUUGAAGAAACAGCUAACCUGCCUCCUUCUCCGCCCCCAUCACCAGCUUCAGAGCAGACUGGAACAUUGGAAGAAGAAGAAGAAGAAGAAGAAGAAGACACAGUUAAAGGUCCAGUGGCUGAUGAACCCAAAUCUGCUGUUCCGCUUGGUGAGGAAUGUGAGAAAAUGAGUGAUCCUGCUGGGCCUUUGCAACAGGCAGAGGGCUCCCAAGAGGCCCAGCAGGACUCCAUUUCUGAAGACCAAGUGGCACCUAAUGGGGAAAAUGUCACCCUAGUUGAGGAGGAACCCUUGAAAGCCAAAAUGCCUUCCUUGGGUGAGGAAGCUUCGAAGAUGGAAAUCCAUGAGGAGCAUACAGGCCUUUUUGCUGCUGAGCCAUUAGGCCCAAAGGAACCAGAGAAAGGAAGUAUGACUAGUGAGCAACCUAUACACGAUGCCUUAGUUCAACAGCCAGCAAAAACCGAGACUUUAGAAACAACAGAAUCACAAGGCAAAGGAGAAGAAAAAAUGCUCCCAACCCUGUCAGGACAGACCUUAGAUGCCAGUCCACAGAAGAAAGAAGACAGGAAUUCUAUAAAAGCAGAUUUUGAUUUCACUGGAGAGCCACAUCUACAUAAAGAACUGAAAGAUUUGUCAACAGAGCUGCACAAAGAAAGUAAAACAGAUGAAAAGGCUCCAGAGGCCCAGAAACCUGCCGCUGAAGCACAACCCUUCAGGUCUAGAGAUGGCCAGUUUGAUGCUAUAAAAAGUGACUUUACCUCUCAUGAAAGCAUAGGUUGUUUCUCAUCUUCAGAAUUUACAGUGGGCCAAAAAAGCACAGUUAAAACUGUGUUUUCUUCUGAAACUUUGCCAGUUACUCUACAUAAAUCUGAGCCACAUGGUAGUAGAAACAUGAUGCAAAUAUCUACUGCUUCAGAGAUUGCCAAAGAUAGAAAAAUUGACAAAGAGCAAGGAAAAAAACAUGAAGAAGAAUUUGAAGUAUUGACUUCUCAUGCCUCAAAACAAAUUACAGUGCAGACGCCCACCCAGAAUGUUCCUCUUUGGGAGGAAGAGAAAGAUAUGACAGAGGAUGAAAGUGACGAGGAGGGGUACUCCAUUUCCAGUGGACAAAAGCCCAAGAUAUUAGAUGAUCAUUUUUUAAAAGCUCAUGACCAACAAACAACUGCUUUAGGUAAAGAAGUAGAAGGAGCUGAUUCUAAAAAGCCAUCUGGUACUCUCAAAGCAGAAGAAGAGUUGGAGAAAACUGAGGUUUCAUCAACAUGGGAUAUUAAAAAAGAGGAAAAGCAUGGCACAGAGAGUUCUACAGAAAGACUCAGCCAAGAAUUACUUCCUGAAAAAGUAAAUGAGCCUUUUGAUAAAGCUGUAUUGUCUGCAGCAAUAGAGAAACCCACUGCUGAACCCAGCAAAGAAUCUCUGCAAGGAAAGGAUGAGAAAGGGGAAGUGUUCUCAGCUGCAGAUUCAGAAGCUCACAAAAUGCAGGUAGAGGAGGAUAAAUCAGGAAUGUCUACAUAUUUUGAGACUUCCACCCUUAAAGAUGAAGCUUUCAAGAGUGACAUCCUACAGCAAGGCAAUGAUUACUAUGAACUGAGUGAUACUAAAGAGGAGACCUACGACCCUUACCAUAAAGAUUUCAUCAUAUCUAAGAAAGACACUGAGCAAUUUCAGCCAGAGGCAUAUCAACACACCAGCAUACCUGCUCAUGAAAUGGGAUACAGCACCCUUGCCCAGGGCUUCCCAGAUGAUUCUGAGGAACCUAGUUCCCCUACAGAAAGAAUGUACACCAUUGACCCAAACGUAUAUGGGGAUAAGAGAGAACUCCACAGUAAAAAUAAAGAUGACUUAACUCUAAGCAGGAGCUUGGGGCUUGGUGGGAGAUCUGCCAUAGAGCAGAGGAGUAUGUCAAUUAAUCUGCCCAUGUCCUGCUUGGACUCUAUAGCACUGGGGUUUAACUUUGGGCGGACACAUGACCUUUCACCACUAGGUUCGGAUAUUAUGGAUAAUGCUAGUGGCGAUGAAGGUGAUGAUUAUUUGCCAGCCACUACUCCAGCAGUAGAAAAGUCUCCCUCCUUCCCAUCAGUGAGCAGGGAAGAAGAUGAGAAAACUGAAGAGUCCAAAGUAAAACAAGGAGGAGAGAUCCAAGUGGAGCCUUUGUGUGAGUCACCCUUCCUGGCUAAAGAUUAUUACAAAAACGGGACUGUAAUGGCGCCUGAUUUACCUGAAAUGUUGGACUUAGCAGGCACAAGGUCAAGAGAAGCAUCUGUGAGUGCAGAUGCUGAGGUAGUCCACAGGAAGUCUGUUCCUUCAGAAGCAGUUGUAGAGGACAGUGGAGUGGCCCAGCUCCUCAUGGCCGACGAGAACCAUAUGACUCUAAAAGCUGACAGUCAACUAGAAGAUUUAGGUUACUGUGUUUUCAAUAAGUACACGGUGCCAAUGCCAUCUCCAGUACAGGACAGUGAGAAUUUGACAGGGGAAAGCUGUCCCUUUGAUGAAAAAAUUAGACGAGGUGUCGUUGCAGACCUUUCUUUGAUAGAAGUGAAGUUGGCAGCAGCUGAGAGAGCCAAAGAAGAAAGAGAGGCCUCUGGGGAAUCAGCAGUUUUAGGCAAAGAAUUUGAGCAGGAGAGAAAAGCUAUUGAUAAACUAGAUACUGUGCUAGAAAAAAGCGAGGAACAAAGUGACUCUAAAGACGUUUGUUCUCAUGAGGACACUGAACAUGAAAAAGCAAAGCCUGCUCCAACUUUAGAAAAUGCAGGUGAUAAACAUAUAGUUGGACUGGAAUUGAAAGGUUCUUCAUUAUCUGAGAAAGAAAAAAAAGCUGUUCACAUUGCUGAAGAGACAGGCAAGGCAGAAAUUUCCUAUAAACCAGACUAUGAUGCUAUAAAGCAUGAGAUGGAUUCUGCUGCUCGGCAAGUUGAGCAAGAAAACCAGACUAAGUUAGGCGUUCAUGUCACUGAGCCUGUUACAGAGCAAGGCACAGAUGAGGGUCAAGAAAAGACCCUCUCAACAUUGCCCCAAGAUUCUGCAAAAGCAGAACCUGCUCAAAUGAAAGAUGCCAAUAAACUGUCUGAAACUGAAGUUAAGGAGAAAGGAGCGAAGCCUGACCUGGUUCACCAAGAAGCAGUAGAUAAAGAAGAAUCAUAUGAGUCAAGUGGUGAUAAUGACCAAGCACAAGAGGGCUUGCCUGUAGAAACUUUAAAACCAUAUGAUGACAAAUUAGAACUAGAAAGCCCUUCUUUGUUGGAAGAGGAGAUGGCAUCACAAUUGACAGUGGAACAACCAGUUACAGAAAGAGGUGCAUAUAAAGCUACCAAAGACGAAACAACUGAAAUUCAAAUGGAGAACAUAUCACAGCCUAAGGAAGAUAAUGUAGAAUCUCUAGGAUUGGAAGGCUCUGUAAAAACUGAGGCAUUGCAGGAAGAAGAAGAACAAGAGAAGGAGAGUAAGCAAAAAGAAGAACAAGAGGAAGAGAUCAAACAAGCAGAAGAACAAGAGGAAGAGAGUAAGCAAAAAGAAGAAUAUGAGGAAGAGAGUAAACUAGAGCAAGCAGAAGAAAUUAAGCAAGAACAGCAGAAGGAAAAGAUCAUGCAGGAAGGUGAGGUAGAGAGUAGACAAGAAGAAGAAAAGAGGAAGCAAGAGGAAGAGAUUAAGAAAGAAGAGAUUGAGCAGGAAGAAGGAGAGAUGAGGCAAAGAAGCAAAGAAAGGGACUUUGAGAUACCUGGUGAAGAGCUUAAGGUGUGUGAAGCUGUCCCUGGGCAAAUGCCUGAACUCAAAGGAGUAAUAGAGUCUGUGGUUACAAUUGAGGAUGACUUCAUCACAAUAGUGCAGACCACAGUCGAUGAGGGAGAAACCAGCUCCCACAGUGUGCGCUUUGCAGAAGCACCACCGGCUGAUGCAGAAGUAGAAAGCGUCCAUCCUGAAGUGGAGGUGGAGGUGGUGACUGAUGUCGAAGCAGAGACAAAAGAAAGCUCUCUGGAAGCUCCUGGCUCCCCUGAACAAGAAGAAAUCCCAUUGACUGAUUACAAGACAGAGACGUAUGAUGACUAUAAAGAUGAAACAACCAUUGAUGACUCCAUCCUGGACACAGACAGCAUAUGGGUGGAUACUCAAGAUGAUGAUAGGAGCAUCAUGACGGAACAGUUAGAGACUGUUCCUAAAGAGGAGAAGGCAGAGAGAGAAUUGCGGAGACCGUCUCUUGAUAAACAUAAAAAAGAGAAACCUUUAAAAACUGGGAGAGGCAGGAUUUCUACUCCUGAAAGAAAAAUAGCUAAAAAGGAACCUAGCACUGUCUCCAGAGAUGAAGUGAGAAGGAAAAAAGCUGUAUAUAAGAAAGCUGAACUUUGUAAAAAAGCUGAAGUUCAGGCUCACUCUCCCUCCAGGAAAAUCAUUUUAAAACCUGCUAUCAAACAUACUAGACCAACUCAUCUCUCCUGUGUUAAGCGGAAGCAGACAGCUGCUGGUGGCGAAACAAACCAAGGUCCUGGGGUGUUUAAGCAAGCAAAGGAAAAACUUUCAACUUCUUCUUUGUCAAAGAUUCCUGCCUCAAAGGUUAGAGCAAAGUCAUUGCUUCCUCCAAGACCCAGCUCAGCUUGCUCAUUAACUUCUACUAAAAAAGCUUUGCUUGAUGCAGACAAUUAUUUUGCCAGGCCCUCUUCCGCAGGCCCAAGAGACUGCUUGCCAUAUUCAAAAACAGAUGCUCAGGACGGUGUAACCAAGAGUCCAGAAAAGCGUUCCUCUUUACCAAGACCUUCCUCUAUUCUGCCCACCCGGAGGGGCCUGUCAGGAGACAGAGAACGAGAUGAAAAUUCUUUCUCCCUGAACAGCACCAUCUCUUCAUCAAUGCGACGGACCACCAGAUCAGAGCCUAUUCGAAGCCGGACAGGAAAGAGUGGCACAUCAACCCCAACUACACCGGGUUCCACCGCCAUAACUCCUGGGACACCACCUAGCUAUUCCUCCCGUACCCCGGGCACUCCUGGGACCCCCAGCUACCCCAGAACCCCCCAUACACCAGGUACUCCCAAAUCCGGUAUUCUGGUGUCCACUGAGAAGAAAGUUGCCAUCAUACGCACACCUCCAAAAUCUCCAGCUACCCCGAAGCAACUACGGCUCAUUAACCAGCCUCUCCCUGAUCUCAAGAAUGUCAGGUCCAAAAUUGGGUCAACAGAGAACAUCAGAUAUCAGCCUAAAGGGGGACAGGUUAGGAUUUUAAGCAAGAAGAUUGAUUUUAGCGAUAUUCAAUCCAGAUGUGGUUCCAAGGAUAACAUCACACAUUCAGCAGGGGGAGGAAAUGUGCAGAUCGUAACCAAGAAGAUAGACUUAAGUCAUGUGACUUCAAAAUGUGGCUCACUAAAGAAUAUCCGUCACAGGCCAGGUGGAGGGCGAGUGAAAAUUGAGAGCGUGAAACUGGAUUUUAAAGAAAAGGCCCAUGCCAAGGUUGGCUCGCUUGACAACGCUCACCAUGUACCUGGAGGAGGCAAUAUCAAGAUUGACAGCCAGAAGCUAAAUUUCCGAGAGCAUGCUAAGGCCCGGGUAGACCAUGGAGCUGAGAUCAUCACGCAGUCACCAGGCAGAUCCAGCGUGGCUUCCCCACGGAGGCUCAGCAACGUCUCAUCCUCUGGAAGCAUCAACCUGCUUGAAUCUCCUCAGCUUGCUACUCUUGCUGAAGAUGUCACUGCAGCCCUAGCUAAACAGGGCUUAUGAAUUUGCUUCAUUUAGCAGUGUUUGAAGUAAUAAUAUUUAGGCAUGAGCUCUUGCCAGGAGUGGGCUCUGAGCAGGUGUUAACAUUCAUUCUUUACCAUGUCUAAAAUUAAGUCACAUCCCAAGACUGUAGUAACCAUAAAAUAAAAGCUGGGGGAAAGUUAUAUAUAGAUGCAGAAAUUGGCCUGAUUUCCAUUUACAGCAGGAAGACACUGGCUUUUAUGUGGGUACAAUUGCAGUAUAUUACAUUGGACAAUAAUUGUCGCUCUGCCCUGUCUUGCAUGGAGUACUGUACUAUGAUACAAUGCAUUUUUACCUUUCAUGUGCCUGAAGGCCAUCCAUCUACCACUUUUUGAGGAGCCUUGUUAAAUACCUUGAGUUGCUCAUUUUACCAUUUUGUUGAUGGAUGGAAUUAAGGAACAUCUCCCAUUGUAAUUUACUAACAGGUUAAAUUAAACUGGAGAGUCUGAAUACCAGGCAGAAGGGCAAAUAAAAAUGUCAAAGCUUCAAAAGGGGGUGUGCAGGGUUGGGUUAUUUUAUAUAAAUGGGUAGAAGAAAGAGUCAAUUAAGUUAUUAACGUUGUUGAACUUGGAUAAUUAUGUCGGUGUAUAGCUGAUUCCAAUAAAUUAUUUAACUAAUAAUUAAAGAAGGUAGUGGGGGGGGGGAUCAUAUGAACUGUACUGGGGAAGUGGCAUUUUUCUUUUCUAAAAGCAGCUACUGAAAAUAAGCAAUGGAAUUGUGUCUGAUUAGAAUGUUGGUUAAGCAGCUAGGUUUGUGUCUACACUACUGGUUUCACAUCCUUUCCAUCUGUUUGAUACAGUAUUAUUAUAGAUAUAUAUUUCUCUGUGGCCAUUUGUGAUACGCCCUCUCAUACUUGAAUAUUCUACUUCUUUAUUCACAGUAUCUGUGUCUCUUGCACCCUUUGGUGUUGCAAUUUUAGGUAUGUAAAAGUAGGUGUUAGCAGGGUUUUUAUUUCCCUAUUCAGACUUUUAAAAAAUACAAAAAGGCAAAGAUCUUUUAGCAUGAAAUUGCUUUCUGUGACAUCUCAAAACUGUGACCCUGUUUUAGUGCCAGAUGCAAGUCUCUUCUGUGAUACGAGAAAAAAUACUCUCCCUUCUUUCUCCUGUACUUCCUCAUUCUUUUUUCUUUUUAUUAUUAUUUAAUUCACCAUGACUAUAUGGGGUCCAAGUAUCUUUUUUUAAAAAAAAGUUUUCCAAAAAGAUGGAUUUGGAUUCUAAAUUAAUAAAAUAAAACAAUGGUUCGUUUUUUGGCAUUUUUUAAAAAAUCCUGCAGUAAGAGUGGAAUAUAAAGUUAUUUAUUCAUUUAUUUAUUUUCUUUUGCUAAAGUUGAAAUUCCAAGAAACAAUGGGGGGGUUUAAACAGAAGUCAUUUCCAUUCCUUUAAUGGCAUCUUUGCACAGAUGUGCUCAGAUGCCUCCGGAGAAUGAUGCUCUGGAGAGAUGCAUGCAUAAUGCAUGUUGGUUACUGGUAACAUAAUUAAAUAAGCUUCUUAUACAGCAUCACCAAGGUGAUAGAACUGAUAAAUAAAUCUGCAGAAUGCAUAUGUUGAACAUAAAAAGUAUAUGACAAGUGUGUGUAAUAAGAAAUAAGACAAGAACACCUAGACAUUAAAACAAGUGGAGUCCACCACUGCCACAUGGACACUAAUAUUGGUGGUAUGGUAAUAUGACACAUAAGUGGACAAAUGUCUACUCAUGUUAUGUAUGUUAGCUUUGACUAGAUGAUAAUAAUUACUUAUUUCAACCUGCAGAUCAGUUGCUCAUUUCCUUAUAAAUUCACCUGCAUAACAUUUGCAUGCUCUCAAGCUGAACGCUCUCAAGUACAUGAACGGUCCAUUAGGAUGAUUUUACAUGUUGGAAGCUUUUUGAAAAGGGCUACCUCUUAAACACCUUCAUUUACAAAAUAUGUAUCCAGUACUGAUUUUAAAAUGGUUUUUAAAGAUAGAAAACGGUAUGAUCAACCAUGAGUCUUGGUAGCACCGUAAAGACUAAAACAAUUACCAUGGCAAAUGUUUCAGGGACUAGAACCAAAUUAUCAGAUGCACAGAUCAGACUUCCAAUAUAUUCCAGUACUGUUCCCUUAGUUAUGGAGUUCCAUAAAAUUAAAUUAGAUCAUGAAUAUCUAAAAAAGCUUUCUAAAUGGCAUCAGCUUAUUUCUAAUAGGUAAAACUUCAGCAGUGUAUUGUAGAGUUUGUUCAAAUUCCAUGGAAUGAAUGAAAGCCUAAGUAAUACCCUUAUACAUUACAUCCUAAAAGCAAUCUCAUGUUGUAAGAUGCCUCAUUCAGUUUAUGAUGCAGUCAUAUAAUUAAUAAAAAAAACCUAGCUUAGACACCAGUGCAUCAGGAGGACUCUUAUGGCUGUGAUGUUGCUUAGAAUAAUCGUACAAAAUACAAACACUAAGAACAAAAGAAGAGCUCUGCUGGAUCAGACUAGGGGUCCAUACCGCCACUGCUUCAGGAAAAAAAUAAUAAAGGCAAAAGAACAGUAUUUUUAAUGAAAUGUUGUCACUCUGAGUCUAUGCCAUUGGUUCUUGCAGAUUAGCCUCUUAGUGUUUUUACAUCUUUUUCCAGUCUUAGAGAGAGUGCCCAAGGUACUACUGAACCUCACGUGGACUGAUGCUGAUUGCCAGCCAGUCAGAACAGUGUUUAAUCUGUGACUAUUUUGUAUUCUGCUUUUUUGGGAUAUAAACACAUUCUAGAUGGUGAAGUUAUUUAUUGAGUAUAUAUGUCCAACGCUGCCGAGUCAUUAAUUUCAUGCUGCAAAUUUAUCUUUCUCAUCUUAAAGAGAAGUCCUUGUAAUCGAUAAUCAUCCUUCCAUAGAAAGUUGCAGAAU